CUGGCCUCACCCAUCAUCCUCAUCUCACCCCAAUCACCACCACCCAUCCAACCCAGCCAAACACACAUCCAAAAUGACGACCCCCAAACUCGCCCUCCUCGACGACUACCAAUCCAUCGCCCCGCGACACUUCGCGCACCUGACCUCGCGCGUCUCGAUCAGCCACUUCCCCGAGACGCUCAACCCCCGGAACCCGGCCCAACAGGCGGCGCUCAUCGAGCGCCUGCGCCCCUUCGACAUCAUCGUCGCGCAACGCGAACGCACCCCCUUCAGCAAAGAAACCCUCUCCGCCCUGCCGAACCUCAAGCUGCUGCUGACCACCGGCGCCCGCAACCUGGCCCUGGACACGGCCUACUGCGCGGAACGCGGGAUCCCGGUCGCGGGAACACUGAGUCGGCCGGUCGGCGUGCACUCCGCCGUUCAGCACACCUGGGCGCUGAUCCUGGCGGUGGCGCGACACGUCGCGCGGGACGACGCGGCCAUCAAGCGGGGCGAGUGGCAGGGGAGUCUCGGACAGACGCUCGCGGGGAAGACCUUGGGCCUGCUGGGGGUGGGCAAGUUAGGGGCGCAGGUGGGACGGAUUGCGAUCCAGGGGUUCGGGAUGAGUGUGAUUGCGUGGUCGACGAAUCUGACGCAGGAGAAGGCGGACGAGCAGGCGGUCGCGAUGGGGUUGCCGGCGGGGAGUUUCGUGGCCGUCAAGGAGAAACUGGGGUUCUUUGGGCAGGCGGACGUGGUGAGUCUGCAUAAUGUGCUGUCGGAGAGGAGUCGGGGUAUUGUGGGGCGGGAGGAGUUGAGGGCGAUGAAGAGGACGGGGCUGUUGGUGAAUACGUCCAGAGGGCCGUUGGUGGAUGAGGCGGCCUUGUUGGAGACGCUGGAGACGGGCGGCAUUGCCGGGGUGGCGCUGGAUGUGUUUGAGACGGAGCCGUUGGCGGGGGAGAGUCCGUGGAGGACGACCAAGUGGGGGACUGAGGGCCGCAGUGAGGUCCUCUUGACGCCGCAUAUGGGGUAUGGCGAUGAGCAGAUUCAUGGGUGGUAUGCCGAGGUGGCGGAGAAUUUGGAGCGGUGGCUGGAUGGGAAGGAGUUGACGGUGAGGUUGAACUAGCUGUGUGUGUAUCUAUUAUGCAGAAGAUAAUAUGUGGUCUUGCUACUCCGUAUAGUCGGUGUAUCGUCACAAUAUUGAGACCUGAGUGAGGCAUUACGUGAUGAGCCUCGGCAGCUCCACCGUCC